GAAUUUGAUAAAUAUAAAAUCAAUCCGAUGCCGGCCCUAAUUCAAACCUGACUGAGUUGCCAAUGUCCUGUUUUACAUUUAAUGUGUCGUGGAUUGUAACCCUAGCAAAGUUUCCAUGCCAACUUCUUUCAUUUCCUCGAUAUAAACUAGAACUUGAAGGGUCUUACCACUCGGAGAAUCCAAACAAUUUUAUUCAAAGAAUCUCUGUGAAAAAGAAAAAAAAAAGACAAAGAAGGAAUGGCUGUCGGGAUAUUGGAGGUGUUGUUAGUUAGUGCAAAAGACCUUGAAAACACAGAUUUUCUAGGUCGAAUGGAUCCAUAUGUUAUAAUUCAAUACAAAGGUCAAGAGCACAAAAGCAGCGUCAUCAGAGUUGAUGGUGCAGGUGGUGGUUCCAGGCCAUCAUGGAAUGAAAAGUUUACAUUCAUGGUGGAGUAUCCAGGGUCAGGUGAUGACUACAAGAUCAUUCUUACAAUCAUGGACAAGGACACCUUCUCUUCUGAUGACUUUGUUGGCCAAGCCACGAUAUAUGUCAAGGAUUUGUUAGCGACUGGAGCAGAAAAAGGGAAUGCUGAACUGCAUCCUUGUAAAUACAGAGUAGUACGUGCUGAUCAAAGAUAUUGUGGAGAGAUUGAAGUUGGUGCUACUUUCACCCGAAAGGCUGAGGAAACCGAUGAAGAAGAGUAUGGAGGUUGGAGGGAAAGCAGCUUUUAGUUUGCUUCAACUAUUUGUCAAUUUAGCUUGAAAUUGUUGUAAAAUAGUUUGUGUUUAUUUUAGCUGUGGAUUUUUCCUUAAAUAUUAAGGAAAUUGUUGUUAUUUUAAUUUGAGGAUCCUUUUACCUUAUUCUUCAUUUUAUCAUUACUAACU